AUGCUCCCCAGCGCCGUGGCGGCCCACGCCGGCGCCUACUGGGACGUGGUGGCUUCCUCCUCGCUCCUGAACUUCCCCGCCGCGCCGGGCUUUGGCAACCUGGGCAAGAGUUUCCUGAUCGAGAACCUGCUGCGGGCUGGGGGCGCCCCGCCGCUCGGACUGCCACCGCCCCAGCACCACGGCUCUGCAGCGGCUCUCGGCGCGGGCGCGCAGGUCCGGCCCCUGCCGGCCAGCCCGGUUCCCCUCAAGUUGUGCCCGGCGGCAGAACCAGUCAGCCCCGGCGGGGCGCCCUACGGCACACGGUGGGCGUUUCAAGUGCUCAGCCCCUCGGCGGACGGCGCUCGGCUGCCGGGCCGGGCUCCGGGGGACCCGGACUGUGCCUUCCAGCCACCAGCCCCAGCGCCUUCCAAGCCUUUUUUUCUGAGCGCCCCGCCAUUCUACUCGGUGUGCUGCGGUGGGUCCUGUCGGCGCCCCGCAUCCCCCACUGCUUUUGCAAGAGAAGAGAGUGUACUGCCUCUUCUGACCCAAGAAUCUACUUCCAAAGCUCGGAGGGGAAUUUUAAGAAGAGCUGUCUUUUCUGAGGACCAGAGAAAGGCUCUGGAGAAAAUGUUUCAGAAGCAGAAAUAUAUCAGCAAAACAGACCGAAAGAAACUUGCCAUCAACUUGGGACUAAAAGAAUCACAGGUGAAAAUCUGGUUUCAGAACAGAAGGAUGAAAUGGCGGAAUUCCAAAGAAAAGGAAGUACUUUCCAACAGGUGUCUCCAAGAAGUAGUCCUUCAAGAGGACCCCCUCUCACGAUCGGCUCUAGGUUUCCCUUCUCCGUGUGCUUCACUCUGGGAAGUCUCCCAGCAGCACUCGAGUCCAGGAUGGAGGGAGAAUUCGCCUGAACCUUCAGAGAGACUAAUCCAGGGGAGUCCAGGGGCAGAGGCACUGCCCCCAGAUGCAAAGUCACUGCAAGGUGCCUUGUAUUUGUGUUCUGAAGAGGAUGCAAGAGACAAGAGUGUACUUACUGGCACAGUGUGA